UGCUCCUUCAUUUCCAUAGAACAAAUUAAUCCUUCAUUUCCAUAUAUCCUCUGUAUAGUACUAUCCAUGGAUAGAGAACAAGAAGAGAUGCAAUUCUUAGGCCUCUUUGAUAUCUACAUAGAAGCCUACAAACUUAUCUACAGAUGGAGGAAAAUAUUCAGCCAAAUCACCCUAUCUUUGAUCCUUCCUAUGUGCUUCAUCAUCUUAGCUCACAUGGAAAUUUACCAUCUUUUCUUCUCUGACCUUAAACACUCUGAGUUUCAGCUUCUACACACUCACACCGGCACGGCGAAAUACAACAAGAUCUCUGAUCACAUAAACUCAGAGCUAGCCUCUCUAUGGCUUUUCAUAAUUGUCUACAUCACUUUCCUCAUCAUCUUCUCCCUUCUUUCAACCUCUGCUGUGGUUUACACAAUCGCAUGCAUAUACACUUCACGUGAAGUCAAUUUCAUGAAAGUUAUGAGUGUUGUGCCUAAAGUUUGGAAGAGGGUUAUGGUCACUUUCUUGUGUGCUUUUGUUUGUUUCUUCAUCUACAACCUUGUUGCCUUCUUGGCCCUAGUUAUAGUGUCAAUAUGGGCUUUCGGUAUGCAGGGAGAAAAUGAUGGUCUUGUUAAGUUUGUUCUCGUGAUCAUGGCGAUUGUUUAUGUCCUUGGAUCCGUGUACCUUUCAGUUAUAUGGCAUUUAGCUAGUGUGGUAACUGUGUUGGAGGAUUCAUAUGGGGUGAAAGCCAUGCUUAAAAGCAAGGAAUUGUUAAAGGGGAAGAUGACAAUAGCCUUAGUUUUCUUUUUCAAGUUCAAUCUUUCACUUGGUAUCCUAAACUUUAUUUUCAAGAAGUUUGUGGUACAUGGACAUGGGAAGCACAUGCAUCUAGGGAUGUUGUAUAGGACAGGAUUUGGGUUGCUUUGUCUUCUUAUGAUGUUCAAGUUGGUGUUAUUUGGUUUGGUGAUACAAACAAUUAUUUACUUUGUUUGCAAGUCCUAUCACCAUGAGAACAUUGACAAAUCUGCACUUUCUGAUCAUCUUGAAGUUUAUUUGGGUGAGUAUGAACCUUUGAAGUCCAAAGAUGUUCAAAUGGAGGGUUAUGAAGUUUAAAUUAAGUUGACUUGUAUCUUCUGGUAUAUGUAUUAGAGUUCAUCUUCUGUUCCUUCACAGAACAAGGGGAAAAUGGAACUUCUUUCAACUCAGAGAUUAGCCCCAUUUGUAAUAUCGUUUGUACCGAAAAAUUUCUCUAUGUAUUUGACCUUUUCAAUGGAUAAUAAUUAUGAGAAUUAUUAAUAGGAAAGAUGAAAAACUAGCAGUCUUCAUCAGCUUUGGUUAUUAUGUCAUAAUAUUGUUGUCUUAGAUGUUAUUCUAUGACAUAAUUUAUUAUGCUUGAUUAACAGUUUUGACAUAAUUAAUUGUUAAUUUGCAGUUUAAUUCUUA